GAGACAGAAACUGCACAGAGAAACACAGAGAGACAAAGAGACAAGACCAAGGUUGCUGUCUGUAUCCUGCCAUUGAAGGGACACCAGCAUGGAUAUGGACUUGGAGAGGAUCAUUCAGUGCAUCAAACAAGGAGACCAGGACAGUGUCCAGAUACACCUGGACCACUACAACACUCAGUAUGCUGAAUGCUUCUUCUUCAAUAUUGAGGAGAGGGAAAGAAGAAAGCAAAAAGAGCUGGAUGAGUUCAGGAAGAACAAAAUGAGGGACUUUGUUCCUGACUCGGACUCUGAUUUCAACUCAGACUCAGAUGACGCUGAGGACCCGGAUCUCCUUCUCAGACGGAGGCUGGCUGCAGCCCUGGUGUGGUUUAUCCGUACCCAGCUCCAGCCGGGAGUUCUGAGAGUGACCCUGCAUACGCUACGUAUCCUGUCCCGUGACCGACAGGCUCUGGCGCCCCUGGUGACCGACACCGCCCUCCUCACCCUAGCCCACUUGGGUGGCAUAACCUCCCUGCCCAUCCCCGAAGGCCAGGAGGAAGACGAAGAGGAAGGUCAUGAUGGCGAGAGAGAAGAUUACGGCUAUGUCCUCGAUGACGUCAGUUCGGAUGCCUGUAAACAGAGCGACACAGAGGCCAGUGAGUGCAGUAGGGGCGCUAAUGUUAAUGCUAGCUCGUUAGUGGUUAGCAAUGUGGAUGCUAACGUUGUCGGUGCUAGCCCGACCCAGCACUCCUUGGCCCAGGCUUCCACUCAGACCUGUCCAGUCCUGGUUAUGGCCAACAACAGCCAAGGUGGAGCAACGACAUCGCCAUCAGUGACCAGGGACCCCUGCUGCAUCCUCAGUACGGAAACCUGCCAUGGCAACCUGCGCUCUGUCUCCACGGAAACCUGCACUGCCGAGCACCACUGCUCUCCGGGUCAUGGAGCUCUGGUGCGCGGAAAGAAGGAUGCCCGGGAAGAGAUGGAUGAAGAGGAGGACAAAGAAGAUAAAGAGGAAGAUGACCAGGUGGGGAGGAGGGAGGCCCUGAAAGCCCUUUGUAAUAUAAUCUACAACAGUCAGAGGGCGCAAGAGAGGGUCAGCGCUCUGAGACUGCUCUCUGGUCUAUCAGACAAGCUGAAGCAGGGGAUCAGUGCCAAAGCUCUUCCCAGUGGUCAGUUUUAUGAACUACGGCUGCUCUUCCUGCUGACGGCUCUGAGGCCAGAGCUCAGGGUGCAACUGCAGCAGGAGCGAGGGGUGUCCAUGCUGACUGCAGCUCUGGAGCAGUGUCUGUCUGCGCGGUGGGGGGAAGAGUACGAGGUGCUGAGCGACCACAGUGCGCCCCCUGUCUCUAAGGAGGUGUCACAGCGAGCUGUGGAGAUCCUCAAGACCCUGUUCAACAUCACAUACAGCUUCCACAGACAGGAGCCAGACGAGGAGGAUGCAGCUCUCUAUCGCCGCCUGGCUGCAGUGCUACGUCACUGCCUGCUGCUGACCUGUGACGGAGAAGAACUCACUGAGGAGUUACAGGGGCACACAGUGAAUGUGCUCUCUGCCCUACCCCUACAAUGUCUGGACGUGCUGCUGUCUGUGCGUCUGACGGAGGGUUCACAGGAGUGGGAGGGGGUCAACAUGGACACUGUCCACACCCUACUCACCUUCAUGGAGAGACGCCUGGACAGGGGUCAGAAGUUGAAGGAGAAGCUGACUCCAGUCCUGAAUCUGUUGACUGAGAGCUGCCGCGCGCACCGCGAGACACGCCACUACCUCAGACAACAGAUCCUCCCCCCUCUGAGGGACGUGGCCCUAAGGCCGGAGCAGGGGGCCACAGUGAGGGGACGUCUGGUGCGCCUGAUGACCCACAUGGACACGGACAUCAAGCACUGUGCUGCCGAGCUCCUCUUUGUGCUCUGCAAAGAGAACGUGAGUCGUUUUUGUGAAGUACAACAGGCUAUGGUAACGCAGCAGGUUUGCUGGCAGCGAGGGGCUUGCUGAGUGGAGGUCAGGUGACCCACGCCCAGUACUCUAGCGACUCAGACUCUGACACAGAGGAAUACAGGGAAGCUAAGAGGCGCAUCAACCCAGUGACUGGGAGGUGGAGGAGGAGCAGCCAGACCCCAGGGAGGAAUGACGGAGCAGGAGAGAAAGAG